CCAUCGCGCGGGGUGGCGCGGCCGCCUGGCGCAACCAUCCGGUGAGGGCGUGGCCUCGGUGCGGGGGCGUGGCUUCAGCUCGGGGGCGGGACUUGGGGCAGGCGGGCGCGAAGCCCCCACGUGUCCGCCCGGUCCCGGUGCCGUUACCCGCCCCACGCCAUGAAGUGCAUCGUCACGGGUGGCAACAUCAAAGUCCUGGGCCGAGCCGUGCACUCCCUGUCCCGCAUCGGAGACGAGCUGUACCUGGAGCCCACCGAGAGCGGGCUGUCCCUCCGUGCCGUCAACUCCUCGCGCUCCGCCUUCGCCUCCUUCCUCUUCGCUCCCCUCUUCUUCCAGCUGUAUGAGCCGGGCGGCCGCCAGCCCGACAGGGAGCUCGUCCGAUGCAAAGUGCUCAUGAAGUCCUUCCUGGGCAUCUUCCGCUCGCUGCCCUCGCUGGAGAAGACAGUGGGGAAAUGUCUGAUCCUGCUCAAACCCCGGGCGAACCGCCUGGUCGUGCAGCUCCACUGCAAGUACGGUGUCACCAAGACGCACAAUUUGGCGUUCCAGGAGUGCGAGCUGCUCCAGGCUGUGUUCGACACCCAGCGCUGCGCCAGCAGCCUCUGUGCCCCGGCACAGCUGCUGGCAGAGGCUGUUGUCCACUUCCCACAGACGCUGGCUGAGGUGACGCUGGGCGCUGGCCCUGGGGGCAAGAUCAGCCUCCGAAACUAUGUGGAGGACGAGGCGGUGCCGAGCAAGACGAUGGUGACGGAGCUGCGGUUGGCUGACGAUGAGUUCCAGACAGUGUCCGUGACCCCGGGCUCCCGCAUCACCUUCUGCCUCAAGGAAUUUCGGGGGCUGCUGACCUUCGCUGAGGCCUCCAACCUGCCCCUCACCAUCCACUACGAUGCACCUGGCAGGCCGGUGGUUUUCACCCUGGAAGACACGGUGCUGGAGGUUCACCUGGUGCUGGCCACCCUCUCGGACCCCGAAAGCGACCUGCAGCCCCCCACAGCCAACGGCGUCUCCCACGUGCCCGCCCCGUCAGACGACUUCGCCGAUGACCUCGAGUCCUACAUGAUUGCCAUGGAAACCAGCGCCUACGAGGACAGUCCCUCGGGGGUGCCCCCCAGCCCCACCUUCCCCCUGCAUACCCCCCGUCCAGCCGAAAGUGACCCCGAGGAAGAGGAGGAAGAAGGAGCUGUGCCAGGGACUCCCCCUCACAAGAAGUUUCGCUCCCUGUUUUUUGGCUCUGUGUUGACGCCGGGGGGGCCCAGCCCGGCCCCCACCCAGGAGGUGCUGGCAGAGGACAGUGAUGGCGAGAACUGAGAGCCCCGAGCUGCCAACACCCCGACCGUGCGACCCCCUAACCUCCAGGACGGGCACCACCCCAACGCCCAAACACAGGCACCCCCCCACGACCCAUUACAAGUUUAUUCCCAGAAAAAAAAUCCUCCUGCCCCCCCUCCAUCCGCUGCCACCCCAGGGCUGGGCUCUGGGCUCCCCCCUCGCCCCAGCGGUCCCUGCCCUGGGGGGUGGAUUUGGUUUGGUGGAGCGUGGCGGGGGGGGGAAGGAUCUUACAAAUAAAAAAACCACGAAUCGAAAGAAAA